GAAGUUUUUUUUUUUUUUGACAGCCAACUCCGCCCUAUAGUAAUCGUCAUUUCGGCAAAUUUAGCCUAAACUGUAUUACAGGUUUCUAUCUGAAAUUUUCGCUUUACAUAAAUGCCGUCGUUGUCAAAAAUAUUUCCAAGAUACAACAGAACAAAAGAAGACCUGCAUCUGUGACUGAAAGGACCUACUGAGAGUGGCGGAGAAGUGGUAUUGGCAAGCUUCUAGGGAAUAUGCAGCGUCAUUCUAACAUGGCUGCGCCCAGUAAAACCGGCACUUCCAGCGUGGAAUUAAUUCAUUGCUGAUUUUGAAAAAGCGAACUUUAACAAGGUCAAAACACCGGGUAUGGAAAGAACUGACUACAGCAAUAGCAAAUCUGAAGAUGAACUGCAGGAGUUCAUGUACUCCGAGAAGGAUUUUGCGCUGGAUGUGGUUACGUGGCAACUAUGGAGCAAAUAUAAGAGUAAAACGGACACAGUUGGUGAACCCAGCCAUCUAUCCAAAUUCGACCUGAUGUUGCGGUCUGGUUGGGAGUCGAAGAUGAAAAAGGGCAUGUUCCGGUACUACUUGGAAGAUGUAGAGACUCGAAUUUUACCUGGUCCAAUGGGAUAUGUUGCUCAACUCAAUGUGAAAAGGGGUACUGAAAGGCGGACGCCUCAGGACAUCAAGAGUAUCUGUCAGAGCUAUGAUCCUAAUCAGUUCAACUUUAAUAAAAUAAAACCAGGCGAGGUUAUUUUCAGCAUGAGAAAAUGCAACCGGGGGAAAAAUACUUGGGUAUCCACCGGGUCCCCCGGAAACCAAACCCAAAUGAAUGGCCCGAACUUAGAGCAGAACGUCCAAGACAGACUUGAAAUGAGUAAAACUCUAGUGGUGAUCAAUGUUAGCCCUCUUGAAUUUGGAAAUGUCCUUUUUGUCCCAGAUCCAGCAUUAUGUUUGCCUCAAAUGCUUACUCGAAGCGUGAUCCGAACUGGCGUUGAAGCAGUCUUGCUAAGUGCUCACCCUGGCUUUAGGGUCGGGUUUAAUAGCCUAGGCGGGUUUGCAUCGGUUAACAAUUUACAUCUGCACGGUUAUUACCUGGAACAUGAGCUAUCCAUUGAGACUGCCCCCACCAGUGUUUUUUGCCCUGGUAUUAAUCUCUUGUCUCAUCAGCAUGCACGGGGUUUAGUGUUUUGCACUGGAGAACAGUGUGUUGAACUGGAUGGAUUGGUGGAAAAGGUUUGCAGAGUUACAGACUUCUUCAUAGCUAAAAACAUCGCCCACAAUAUGUUUAUUACAAGGGGCUGCCCUCCUGGGAAAGAUGGGUGUUUUGUCAGUUCUCGCAAAGUUAUACGUGUCAUCCUUUGGGCCAGAAAAUCCUCAUUUGGUGUCAAAGAAGAAUCUGCAUUUAAUGUUGCCUUAUGUGAACUGGCAGGUCACUUGCCUAUUAAAAAUCUAGAAGAUUUUAACAACAUUACUGAAACAAAAGUAAUUGAAAUAAUUCAGAGAUACAUGAUUCCUGAACAGGAAUUUUUACAGCUUCUGUCAGAGCUGGCAGAAGUAUUGAAAGAUUCUUAAUUGUUUUAUUUAAAUUCCUGUUUUGAAGAGCUCAGUCCAUGUCCUCUGACAUUUACUGUGUUACUGCACUAAUGUUUAGUCAGCUGUUAGUGGACAUACUGAAUGUUGGUGUUUUGUUUACACUGAUGCCGGUUUAUUGUUGAUAUGGCAGUAACAGAAGUUAAAAGUGGAGUGUUAAUGCUUUUAGAUAAGCAAAUGUGGAGUGUAUGGGAAAAUGAGGGUUUAGUGGAAAUAAAUAAUAUCUUGAAUUGA